UCCAUAUAUUUUGCUCUGCAGCAUUUAGAAGCGUUUUUUGUCAGUUAUUUUUUACAGGUUAUCCUUGACUUACAACCCAAAAUUUUUGUUGCUGAGCAAAACAUUAUAGCCAUUUUAUGACCUUUCUUGCCACAGUUGUUCGUGAGGAUAGUGCAAGUCUUAAGUGUGAAAAAUGAUCAUGUCACUUUUUUCAGUGCCAUUGUAACUUUGAAAGGUCACUAAAUAAACUUGUAAAUCGAGGACUAUCUGUACUACACAUAAAAGAGCCUACAAUGCCUUUAACCCGAAAUCAAUUUUAGCCUGUGUAUCAGUCUCCCGUUAGAAGUGCUAGCAGGUAUUGCAUUCAAUGGAAUUUAGGCUUUGCAACGUUCGCACCAAAUCAGAAAACUGAUUUUUUUUUAUCUAUAUCCCGUCUUUCAUUCUGAGUCUUUAUUUUGCAUCUUCCCAUUGUGAUCCUCUGUAUACAUUUUCUCCCGUUCUUCUAGUCCUGAAUGCGCUUAUUAUUUGCUGUCGACUCAACAAACACGAACACCGGGUAAGAUGGAAGCAGUACUCUACGCCCUAACCUCCCCCCCACCUUUACAAAUAUGGCGGCUUCGGUUCUACAGUAUUAAACUAACAUCCGCCCGGCAGAAAGAUGGUUGAUCUGCCUCCUUCUACGUCGAAGCGUAAUGGUCGUUCGCGCGUAAUCACGUCGCCCUCUUAAGAAGAUCCUGUGAGUCAACAAUGAGGCGGCAGUUCGUGAUUGGUAGAGGCGCGACCACGUGAGGCAACUGGGACUUUGUUGGCGGAAAUAGCUGGGUGAAUAAUAGCUAAAUAGGAGAGUAUUGAAACAAGAUUGUUUAGGACAUAUUUUUGAGGCAUGCAGUUCUUUGGACGACUUGUCCAUACUCUGAACAACGUCACCAACUUGUUCACAAACCCUUACCGAGUAAAGGAGGUAUCUCUGACAGAAUAUGCUUCUCGGAACAUGGUUAAACAAGACGAUAGGAUAAUCCUGUAUGAAAACAGUUCAGCUCGAUCCUGGGACUGUCUGCUUAUUAAUCCUCAGAAUCAAAGUUCUGCCUUACGGCUUUUUCAAGUUGACAGUGAACCAAGUGCACGUGAAUAUUUUGAUCUGUACGCGAAGCAGUUGCGUCCCUUCUAUGAGAGCUAUCGUGAUCCUUUGCCUCUGGAAACUGUGCAACAGCUGACGGACUGUUUGCGAAGCCACCCCGGCUGGUCAAUAGCACACAUAGCUGUAGAGUCUGGACUUCUGGGAAGCUUCCGACACAAUCUCAUUCUAAGCUGCAUAAAUAGCAACAGUUCUGACAAUGAAUGCACCCCACUUCACUUAGCCUGCCAAAAAGGUGAUUUUGAAUGUCUGAAGGAGCUGAUGGAGGAGUGCCAUGCCCGUGUUGACCUGACAGACAAAAAUGGAGAAACUGUCUUUCACUAUGCUGUUCGAGGGAGCAACCCAAAGAUUAUAGAGCUCCUGGGCAAGAAAGCAACUGUUGCUUUGGACCAUCUGAAUGAUGAGGGGACGAGUCCAUUGCACCUGGCCUGCCAGUUGGGCAAAGAAGAUGCAGUCUACUCUCUUCUUAAGGUUCAUGCCAAGUGCAAUAACUUGGGCGCACUGGGUUAUCCCAUCCACACUGCUAUGAAGCAUUCUCAGAAAAGAUGUGCAGAAAUCCUACUUGAUAAAGAAAUCAACCAGAUUCAGUUUCUGGACCCACGAUAUGCUGCUACACCCCUUCAUUGGGCCAGAAAUGCAGAGAUGACUCGGAUGCUUAUUGAGUAUGGCUGUGAAGUGAAUGCCCUCAGUGCAUCAGGGGAAUCGGCCCUUCAUAUCGCUGUGCGGCGUGGGCGUUUUGAUUGCACAAUGGUGUUGUUGACGCAUGGAGCUAUGCCAAACACUAAAGAGAAGAAUGGCAACACACCGCUUCAUCUGGCCAUGCAGCAAGACCACAUAGAAAUGAUCAAGGCCCUUAUUGUGUUUGGAGCAGAUGUGGAUAUCCCCAAUGAUUUAGGGGAGACACCUGGAUUGGUGGCAGCCAGGACAAGCAAAGGUGCCAACCGGAAGGUUCUUUUAGAUCUGCUGAAAAUUAUAGGGAUUGAACGCUUCCUUCCACCUGGCAUAUCUACCUCAUCAACAUCCACUUCCGCCCUCCCAGAAAGAUCAUCAGCCCCACGGAGUUCUGGCUUAGACUACCAAGACAUCAUCCAUGUUUCAGCAGCUCUUGGCAACUUGCUGAAGACACCAGAUGUGGUGGACUCUGCCCCUGAGAAGAGGAGAAACCAGGACCGCCUCCUGAGUCUGGACGGUGGGGGUGUCCGGGGCAUUGUACUCAUCCAGUUUCUCAUCGCUAUAGAGAAAGCUGCAGGGCGUCCCGUCAAAGAGCUCUUUGACUGGGUGGCGGGGACUAGUACAGGGGGAAUUCUGGCCCUGGCUAUUAUACAUGGGAAGCCCAUGGACUACAUGCGCUGUGUGUACUUCCGCAUGAAAGAUGAGGUCUUUCGAGGGUCACGGCCCUAUGAAUCGGAGCCUCUUGAGAAUUUCCUGAAAAAGGAGUUUGGAGAACAUACCAAAAUGACAGAUAUCAAGAGUCCCAAAGUCAUGUUGACAGCAACAUUAUGCGACCGACAGCCUGCUGAACUCCAUUUGUUCAGGAAUUACAAUCCGCCAGAAGGGAGAAACAAACCCCGUUUCAGAAUGAUAGGCUCAUUUCAACCAAUGACCAAGCCGGAAGAUCAACUGGUAUGGCAGGCUGCCCGUUCCAGUGGAGCUGCUCCAACAUAUUUUCGACCUGUAGGGCGGUUUCUGGAUGGAGGGCUGCUAGCCAACAACCCCACUUUGGAUGCCAUAACCGAGAUCAAUGAAUAUAAUAAGUCUUUAAUCCAGAAAGGGCAAGGUGACAAAGUGAAGAAGUUGGGACUUGUCGUCUCUCUUGGAACUGGCAGAGCACCAAAAGUGCCUGUGAGCUCUGUGGAUGUCUUUCGUCCCUCUAACCCUUGGGAACUGGCCAAGACUGUCUAUGGGGCUAAAGAACUAGGCAAGCUGGUGGUGGACUGUUGCACAGAUCCAGAUGGACCAUGUGUUGACCGUGCAGCUGCCUGGUGUGAGAUGAUAGAUGCCCAUUAUUUCAGAUUCAAUCCCUCUUUGGAGACAGACAUCAUGCUGGAUGAAGUGAGCAAUACAAUCCUGGUAAACAUGCUCUGGGAGACUCAGAUCUACAUUUAUCAACACUGGGAUAAAUUUGAGCAGUUGGUAGAACAACUCCUAAACAAAUAGAGCUUUUGUGAGGAUUUUUGGUACAAAUAAUGCCUGCCUUGAGCUGCAGCUUGGAUUAUCAGUGAGAAGUAGCAGUUUCUGCUGGCCAGUGGCUUGCCCCUUAUCUUCGUACCAGAAAAAUCAAGUGAAUUUGAGGAUUGCUUCUAUCAAAACAUCCAUCAGCUGUUCUAGGUCCUGUGACUGCCUCCCUCCCUCCCCACCUCAAUGUGCUGCUAUACCAGUAACCUUAAGGGUUUAAGUCAUUUCACUUUGCUUAUUGAUCAGAGAUUAUUCCUGCGUGGAAUCUACGACUGGUUGUGUGCUGUGAAUUAAUUACUUAUAUCUUUGUAUCUAAGAGGACUUGUACAUGAGGACUUGAACAAUUGAAAUAGCUCUUUUCUCCUUGUUUACAAGUCAUUUCCCGAGUUUCUUCUUAUGUGGAAGGAGAUUUUUUUUUCCACAUGAGAAAACCUACCAUUCCCUUUCAACAUUAUUGGUACUUGGCAAACUCGUUUGCUCAUUCUAGACCAGGGGUCUCCAGCCUUGGCAACUUUAAGCCUGGCGGACUUCAACUGAAGUUGAAGUCCACCAGGCUUAAAGUUGCUAAGGUUGGAGACCCCUGUUCUUGACCAAAGCCCUUCCUAAAUGCUUGCUUCCUUACUUCAGACUCCUUUUCUCUGAGUCCUCUCACCCCUGAAGUAAUCACUUUGCUAUGAGUGGCACAAAAGAGUCCUGGAAGAAUGGAGGAUAGUACUUUCUUUCAGGAGGCAGCCUUGGACAAUAGUUCUUCAAAUAGUGCCCAAACAAAGACAUUUCUGAAUAAGGGUGAAAAAUGUAGGAAUGGGCACACAUCAAAUAAGGAGACCAUUGAUUGACCAAGUCAGUAGACGGGCCCAUGGUUUUAUGUUUGGUUUUUCUGCUUUCUCAUACUAUCUUCCUUACUUCAUUAAUUUUUCUACUCAUGAAUGCUGUCUUUGCUGUUUGGUUUAAACAAAAAAUACGAGGUGUACUGAUGUUUAACAAAAACAUACUAUUUUUCUAAGUUUUAACUGACUUAAUAGGAUGCACUGGAAUUGUUGAAAAACUGAUAAAGUGAAACUAACAGGAAAUACUCCACUCUCCCAUUAUUUUCAUAAGCUAUUUCAAAUUCCGAUGAAAAUUAUGUUGAUGUUAAAAAGUCCCUUUCCCCCCAAAAGUGAGCAUUAAAUAAAGACCACUAUUUUCUGAAA